GCAAAAAACAGGAGGCAGGAGAGACCCUGCAGGUGAAACAGGAGGAUUUCAUUUAGGUGCACAUCAGCUCAGCAGAUUUGCAUCCAAAAGCUGAGCCCUGAACAAAGGGAGGGCUUGGCUUAUAUAGGCAAGCUUUCAGAAGCAGAAUAAAGGCAAUUUAUCAUAUAGUGACAGUUUUGCAACCCCAGCAUAGCCUGUGACCUUGCAGCUGCUUUGAAGGAAAACAGGAACUUGCAAAAUAUACGCAUUUAUAAAAAUAGGUAUGAGUAAAUGCCGAGGGGAAGGGGAGACGGGAAAGGAAUUUGUUUUCUUAACCUUGCUCUGGGAUGUUUGGAGCCCAUACCUGUGGGCUCUGGCUUCUCAGACAGGGUCACCACGACCUUUCCUGGGCCCUGCCUGUUGCUAUCCUUAGAGUCAGAGUAGCUAAGUGCAGGAAAACUAAAUUUUCUUUUCAUUACAUUUACUGCUUCACUGUUAGGAAGUGGAGAACAACAUACAGUGUCACCUUAUACAUUUCUACUGUAUUUUAAAGUUGUGUUUCUGGUGGUUUUGUUCAUUUCUGUUGGGUGGAUGAAUUUGUGAGUGAAUCACAUUGGAUGUCUCCCCAGGUGGUUUGUUGAAGUUUUGGAGAAUUAUUUCCUAAGUAACUAUUUCAUGAAAGACUAAACCCUGAAUUUAUGAAAUAAAAUAAAAUGUUGUCUUAAAUCUAUUUUUAUAAAGACAGUAUUUUUAACUGUUCUAAGUGGUUCAUUUUAACUAAAUACGUGGAUUUCUCAACAGAACAAGACUUAAAGCUGACAUCAGAGGAAGAGUCACAAAGGCUUAAAGGCAGUGAAAAUAGCCAGCCAGAGAAAAUGUCUGAAGAAGUAGAAAUAAAUAAGGAUUGUGACAGAGAGGUUGAAGAAGAAGUGAAGAAGCACGGAAGUAAUCAUGUGGGAUUACCAGAAAACCUGGCUGAUGGUGCCGCUGCUGGCAAUGGUGAUGAUGGAUUACUUCCACAAAGCAAGAGCAGAACACCUGGAAGUCGGCAAUUUCCUGACACUGAGAAUGAAGAGUGUCACAGACGGGACCAUCUAGUUGCAGGAAAACAAGCAGAGGCUCCCACUCAUUCUACAUUUUGUGACGAACAAAAUGAUACUCAGAAGCAAAUUUCUGAAGAACAGAGCACUGGAAUAUCACAAGAUGAGAUUCUGACUGAUAAACAAAAGCAGAUAGAAGUGGCUGAAAAGAAAAUGAAUUCUGAGCUUUCUCCUUGUCCUAAGAAAGAAAAAGAUCUCUUACAUGAAAAUAGUACAUUGCAGGAAGAAAUUGCCAUGCUAAGGCUGGAGCUAGACACGAUGAAACAUCAGAGCCAGCUAAGAGAAGAGAAAUAUUUGGAGGAAAUUGAAAGCGCGAAAAAAGAGAAUGAUGAUCUUUUAAAGGCUAUGCAGUUGAAUGAGCUCACCGUGGAUGAUGAUACCACCGUGCUCGUCAUUGACAACGGUUCCGGCAUGUGCAAGGCUGGAUUUGCGGGUGACGAUGCCCCCCGGGCUGUCUUCCCUUCCAUCGUGGGGCGCCCCAGGCACCACGGCAUAAUGAGGGGCAUGGGUCAGAAGGAGUCCUAUGUGGGCAACGAAGCCCAGAGCAAGAGAGGCAUCCUGACCCUGAAGUACCCCAUGGAGCGCGGCAUCAUCACCAACUGGGACGACAUGGAGAAGAUCUGGCACCACACCUUCUACAACGAGCUGCGUGUGGCUCCCGAGGAGCACCCCAUCCUGCUGACCGAGGCCCCCCUCAACCCCAAGGCCAACUGCGAGAAGAUGACCCAGAUCAUGUUUGAGACCUUCAACACCCCAGCCAUGUACGUGGCCAUCCAGGCCGCAAUGUCCCUGUACACCUCUGGCCGUACCACUGGCAUCGUGAUGGACUCCGGUGACAGGGUCACCCACAGUGUGCCCAUCUAUGAGGGGAAUGCCCUCCCCCAUGCCACCCUGCGUGUAGACCUGGCCGGCCGGAACCUGACUGACUACCUCAUGAAGAUCCUCACGGAGCGUGGCUACAGCUUCACCACCACGGCUGAGCAGGAAAUCGUGCAUGACAUCAAGGAGAAGCUGUGCUAUGUCGCCCUGGACUUUGAGCAGGAGAUGGCCACAGCGGCCUCUAGCUCCUCCCUAGAGAAGAGCUACGAGCUGCCCGAUGGCCAGGUCAUCACCAUCGGCAACGAGCAGUUCCGCUGCCCCGAGGCACUCUUCCAGCCUUCCUUCCUGGGCAUGGAAUCCUGUGGCAUCCACAAAACUACCUUCAACUCCAUCAUGAAGUCUGACAUGGACAUCCGCAAAGACCUGUACAGCAACACAGUGCUGUCUGGCGGCACCACCAUGUACCAUGGCAUGACCGACAGGAUGCAGAAGGAGAUCACUGCCCUGGCGCCCAGCACAAUGAUCAAGAUCAUUGCUCCGCCAGAGUGCAAGUACUCCGUGUGGGUCGGUGGCUCCAUCCUGGCCUCGCUGUCCACCUUCCGGCAGAUGUGGAUCACCAAGCAGGAGUAUGAUGAGUCAGGCCCCUCCAUUGUCCACCGCAAAUGCUUCUAGGUGGACUGUGACUUAGUUGCGUUACACCCUUUCUUGACAAAACCAAACUUCGCAGAAAACAAGAUGAGA